GCGAUAAAUGACGAGCCGGUACGGAUUUAUGGUUCAAGCGCUCAGUAACCAUGAUCAAAUUAUCGCCAGAAAACCUUGAAAAAGUGAAAUUGUAUAUUCAGCAGCUCACAACUUUCUUACACAAGUACACAUGGAUAUUAGAUGCUUACGUUUCAGAUUUUUAUUUCAAAAAUCACUGGGAUAAAUUGCCAAAAUCAUGGUGUACAACAUUGUCUGAACUAACAACAGAAGAGUUAAGUUUUUUGCUGGACAAAAGGCCAGUGAAAUUACAGAAAGUGGUUCCUUUGUCGUUGCUAAGUUUCAAGACAUGUUGUGAUUCAUACUCAUUGGAUAGACAAUGUGAGGACAUCACUAACAAGUUAUGUAAACUGUUUAAUGAAAAUGAUACAGGGAGAUUUGAAAGAUCUGAUGAUGACAAUGAUGAUAUUGAUGCAGAUGUAAAGUUUAAUCCAUUAGAUGACAAUGGAGAGCUACAUGCUUUUUUCAAGAAACACGUGAAACCAAAGAAACGGCAUGAAAUUAAAAACUUGGCAAAGGUUGUGUAUAUGUUAAGCCAGCAUAUUGAUUGUAAGAAUGUUGUUGAUGUGGGUUCAGGUCUAGGACAUCUGGCUAGGUUGCUGUCAUUUGGCUACAACUUGAACGUAACAUCUGUAGAGGCUGCAGGGACACAUGCACCUAAAGCCACCAAAUAUGACAGGGAAAUUGAUAGAGAGAUAAAAAAGAAAAUAUUGGCUGCUAAAGGGAAAAGUAGUGAACAGGUUCCUCUUCCAUGCCACGUGACGAGCAUGAUUUACCCUAACAUGACUGCCGAGGAAUUUAUAGCCAUAAUAACGUCACAAUGUCAGGAAAAUUAUGACACUGAAACUAUUAGACAACCUUUUGUGUCAAACUCUAUGAAUGUCAGAGAUAAAGACUCAGAAAUAAACAGGGUAUGUGCUUAUGAUGUCACCAAUAAAGAUCUUGCAUUAAGGAUUGACCAUAAGAAUGAACCAGAUGAUGCCAGCUGUGAUGAUUUAGAAUCCAACAAUGAACCAGUUCAUCAUGAAAUGAUCAAUCGUUUAAAUGAAUGUAAUAAAAGAACACAGGAUAACAGUCAGUUACUUGAAGGAAUUAAAGAUAUCAAAUAUGCUAAAGUUGAAUCACAAAUUGCACAAGAUGGUUGUUUGAAGUUAGAAAACUGUUCAGAAUCUGUUACUCAGUCAAACAUUGUUACUAUAAGUGAUACAACAUCUAAGUCAAACUUUAAUGAAAAUGAAAAAUCAAAAACUCAAUCAAUAAAAUGUGAUAUAAAGAAUGACCAUGUUUUAUCGUGUAAUUCUGUGGAAACGACUACUGAAGGAUGUGACAGUUGUGUGAAUCCAUUUGAUGACAAUGAUUUCAAAAGCCGGCAUAAUACACAGCUAAGUACCGGUCAAGAUUAUUCUGUUGCUUGUAAGUCAGAGGUCACAGGUCAUCUUGAUGUUGACAACUGGAAGUUUAUGCUGACGGGGUUACAUGCAUGUGGUGAUCUGACACCCACAUUUCUACGAUUCUUUGUUAAUUGCCAAGCAGCAGUUGGUUUGGCAUCAGUUGGCUGUUGUUAUAUGAAGAUAUCAGAUGAAAGUUGUGAGACUGGUAUGGUUGGUUAUCCAAUGAGUAAUUUCUGUAUAUCAUUACCUCAUCACCAGCAAUCUUAUGCCAGCAGGGAAUUGGCUUGUCACUUUGCUGAUACAUAUUCACAGAGAUUAAAAGAAAGUCCACCUUUGUUGAAGAUUCACAGCUACCGAGCUGCUCUUGAAUGGAUUGCCAAUAAAUUAUGUCCAGAUUUUAAAAGAACUGCAGUGCAAAUACCCUCAAGGAAGAUGAAAGAUCUACAGUUUGAAAAAUAUGUUGAACUUGGUCUACAAAAACUGAAUAUUCCACAAGACCAGUUAACAGAGGAGUUAUUCCAUCAAGCAGAAAGAAUGACAGAGAGAUGGAAAGAUGUGGUGGCAUUUUAUACAAUACGUCUUGCUUUAGCCCCUGUUGUAGAAACACUAGUCCUUCUUGACAGGAUGAUGUUCUUAUUUGAAAAAGGACAUGUAAGUGCUUUAGUGCCAGUAUUUGACCCAGAACUUUCACCAAGAAACUUUGUUCUUCUCUCCUGGAAAUGAAAAUUAAGGAUCACUCGAGUAUACAGAAUCUAUCCAGGCCACAUGAGGGUACAAAAUUUAUCCAUGCCACAGUGAUGUUGCAGAAUCAUCCAGGUCACACGAGUGUAUAGAAUUUAUCUCUAGGUCAUGCACCUACAGAAUUCACCCAGGAGAUUACUUCAUAAUUUUUCAACUCUGAGAAAACUUACUAAGAAACAAAAAUAAGGCUGCUUUGAUAGUCGUUUUUGUACAUUUGAGAAAGAUAACAAGUUACAGUAUGUUUUUAUAUUUUUAUUUAGUUUACAAUUGAAGCAUUAAAAGGAAUUUAUUCAACAUAUAUUUGUAUAUUUAAUACAUGUCAUGGUAUUUGCUGUGCGUAA